GUCCAUGAUGCCGACAAAAUGUCAAUCCUCAGUGGUUGGAGGCUCACCUCAACGUGCAUGGAUCGUCUGCAAGAGCCUCGAGGUACGUCAACUGCAUUUUCCGUCUCAGUCGUCGGCGCGGGAAUGUAAAGAGGAUGAUUGAUCGGACUUACAUACAACUUGUGCCUGCUUUCUUUUUAUGCUCAACAAUUAGCUCCCCGCUCUAUGCGCACACUGAUGAGUGCUCAAAACUACAAAAGUCCAAGCCCUUUACCUUGACGCAUCUCCUUCGCCACUCGCACCGUCAGUAUCCUUUCACGUUUUGGACAGUUCAAGUUCCCGUCAUUACCGCCACUUUAACUGCACUUGUACUGAAGGGCGACCACAACACUCAUGCGUAGUGCGGACCCAUCCCGACGUGUCAUCCCUGGCCCUAUCAUUCUCAAAUCACCC